UCAGUUCUAUUUUAGUUUUUGGAUAUAGAGGUUGUUCUGAAGAGAAAAAAUUACAAAUAAUUCAAUGAUUUUGAACUCUGUAACGGUACUAUUUUUACAAUGCCUCGUUUGGAGUGUUCAGGCUCCAGGAGCUAUUGGCAACAGUAAUAAUCAUCAUAAAUUAUCAACUAGUACCGGAGAACAAAUUCCCAAAGAAUUUUAUUUUUCCAUGGAUAAUUCAAAUACAUUUAAACUAAAUCUGCAACGUAAACUACUACAUUUCUUAGAAAAUAUUCAAAGAAAUUUAACCAUAUCAACAGUGUUCAGUACUUUCCAAAAUGAUACUCCGAAUGCAGCCAAAUAUAUGCAUAGGUUGCAAGAGUUAUCUAUGUUUUUUUAUGAAGCUUCCCAGUCAGUAGAAAACUUUUCCAUUGAAAGUGAAAAAUUUUUUGAGAUCAUAAAAGUUACAAGUAAUCUUUUAUUGUUAAAACUACGACAAGUCCCAAAAGCUCAACCAACGCACGUAAAACUAUUGUUAACCAAUUAUUUUUCGGAAAUGGAGUUCUUUCAUAUUUUGCUUUCCGAAGUGGUCGACGAGGCUUUGGAAUAUACCACGACGAUAUUGCAGACCAUAAAAAAGCUUUUUUUUUCCUAUGCUAAUAUUCAAAAUGAUAUUCUUAAUAACUGGAAACUGAAGAUUGACCUGGAUUGCUGCAAAUUGUAUGCAGAUUUUUUACAUCAUCAUUCUGCAAGGCUAUUUAAGUGCGCUACUGCGGAUAAACUGCAAAUCGCUUUUGACAUGUAUUCUGUAACAAAGAUAAACGCUAAAUACAUAGUAAAACAGCUUGAGUUUCGAAUUCAGCGACUUUUAAAUUGCAUAAAUUUUGCAAGUUUUAGCAUAAGAUGUCAAUUUCUUAAUAACGCAGAAGGAGACUUUGAAAAUCUAUUUAACAAACUUAGUGAGCUUGAGCUUUAUUUAAAUAUAAAAAUAAAAAAAAGUGGCAUUUCUGUUACCAAAAUGGAAAAUACACAUGAUAGUGUUAACAGAGACUUACAAUUACCAACCCCAAAUUCUUUUCGCCAAUCUUGCCUAUUAAAUAAUUUCCCUUAUAAUCAAAUGUCAAAGCAACUUAAAGAAUGUUUUUACUUUUUUAAUAGUCAAUUAAAAUAGUCUAUAUAUAGUCAAGAUUAUAUCUAAGCAUUGUGAAUUGAAAAAUUAAAAAAUAUAUUUUAGAACUCAUUUUAAAUAGUACCACUUUAUUUCUACCGUUAUAUUAUAAUAUAAUAUAAUCUGAGAAAUUUAAGUAUAUAGAUACUACAAUUUCCUUUUUCGUUUUUACAUUUAAAAUAUGUAUAAUUUUUAGCUUUUAGGUACCUCUAGGUAUUUAUGGGUAUUUACAUGGUAAAAAAGCAUUAAGAUGCAUGUAAACGUAUUUAACAGAAAGCAGGAACCAUUCGCGACGCGAUGAAGUAAAUUAAUCAAAUAAUAGAAUCCUGCGAAUCCUAGAACUGCGAAUUAACGUCAGCAAACGGCGGAUUCUCUCGUCUUCUCGGAUUCCUCGCAGUUAAAGAUACAUCGAUGGGGUGGACGAUAGGUCCACUGCUAGCUGCUGGCCGGCUGACCGAAGAAUUCCCAAACAUGAAUUAGGAAGUUUAUGUUGGAAGGGUGACUGCCCUUCUUUACCUGCUGGCCUCGACUCAUACAGGCUUCUAAGGGAUGCUUUCGAUCAGCAGGUGGUUUGGAACCAGGGCGACGACUUCCUCGGAGUCCAGAGAUAGAUAUGUGAGCCGUCGCGAGUUGAUGAUAAAUUGUGCCUCCAUCAAUUCGUUUCUUAAGCUGUCGACGUUGAAAAAGUCGCUUUGGAAAAUCUUUUUUGAAAUACUUUUCGUUGU